CUUACAGCGCAUCAAAACGACGCGGUUCAGCUUCAGCCGCGAAGGAGUCCGGAGACAGCGGAGGGGUCCAUGCCCUCUACAUAACACGUUAAAUAAAGCUCCUCACAGUCGGUGCCUUCACCCACUCUCUAAUGGACCAUGGCCGCGUCACCACCCUCUAGGGUUCCGCAUUUUCUCCCUCUUUCUCCGGUAAUCUAGUGCCAUCAAGUUUUGGCAGCGAAAAUUAACAUGGGUCUAGAUAAUUUUACAACUCAGAAGAGAACUGGAGCUGGAAUCCCCACCACCAACGGCAGACCGGCCGGCGGCCGGCUUUCCGGCUUACCACGUGGCCGCCAGAUUCACAAGACCUUCAACAACAUCAAGAUCACAAUUCUCUGCGGAUUCGUCACCAUUCUCGUCCUCCGCGGCACCAUAGGCGUGGGCAACCUCGGCGGCUCUGGAGGUGAAGUCGAGAAUCAAAACCUAAUCGAAGAGACAAAUCGCAUUUUGGCUGAGAUCCGAUCCGACGGCGAUCCCUCCGAUCCCAAUGACCCUGCGGAGUCUGAGAUCAAUCCCAACGUCACCUACACUCUCGGCCCCAAAAUUACGAAUUGGAACGAGGAACGGAAGGUAUGGCUUGAUCGGAACCCUGAAUUCCCAAAUUUUGUGAAUGGUAAAGCUCGAAUCUUGCUCGUAACUGGUUCUCCACCGAAUCCGUGUGAUAACCCAAUUGGGGAUCACUAUUUGCUGAAAUCAAUCAAGAACAAGAUUGAUUAUUGCAGGAUUCAUGGAAUUGAGAUAGUGUACAAUAUGGCUCAUCUUGAUAAGGAACUAGCUGGUUAUUGGGCAAAAUUGCCGUUGAUUCGGCGGUUAAUGUUAUCACAUCCCGAAGUGGAGUGGAUUUGGUGGAUGGACAGUGAUGCGUUGUUUACAGAUAUGGUUUUUGAGAUACCUCUGUCCAAGUAUGAUAAUUAUAAUUUGGUUGUACAUGGGUACCCUGAUUUGAUGUUUAAUCAGAAAUCUUGGAUUGCUUUGAAUACGGGUAGUUUUUUGUUUCGGAACUGUCAGUGGUCAUUGGAUUUGCUUGAUGCCUGGGCGCCAAUGGGACCAAAGGGUCCGAUAAGAGAUGAGGCAGGGAAGAUUUUGACAGCGAAUUUGAAGGGGAGGCCGGCAUUUGAGGCAGAUGAUCAGUCUGCAUUGAUAUACUUGUUGAUUUCAAAGAAGGAUGAGUGGAUGGAUAAGGUGUUUCUUGAGAACUCUUAUUAUUUACACGGGUAUUGGGCUGGAUUGGUAGAUCGCUACGAAGAGAUGAUUGAAAAGUACCAUCCAGGAUUAGGUGAUGAGAGGUGGCCAUUUGUGACCCAUUUUGUGGGUUGCAAGCCUUGUGGAAGCUAUGGGGAUUACCCUGUUGAGAGGUGUCUGCGCAGCAUGGAGAGGGCCUUUAAUUUUGCAGACAAUCAGGUGCUUAAGCUGUAUGGGUUUAGGCAUAGGGGCUUGUUGAGCCCUAAGAUCAAGAGGAUCAGGAACGAGACAGCUACUCCAUUGGAGUUCGUAGAUCAGUUUGAUAUACGGCGUCCAGAGCAUGGGGGACACAGCCUAUGAAAAACCAUUUUCAGUAGGUAAUGUAAUUUCUCAGUUAAAAUGCAGAUUUCCAUUCGAUAACAGUUCAGAGUUUAAGUUGGUUCUGUUGUUCUGUUGCCAUGUGACUCCUUUUAAAGAGAGGAGGAAUAGAAUUCUUUUAUUAACUUACAAUUUUAUUUCUGCUAUGUUUGAACUAUCUGAGAAGUAGUAGUAGUAUUUAUCAACACACUAUUGUUUUUGCCUUUUCUAUGGUGUCCUUUUCCCAUGGCUAUAGCUUUUGAUAACAAUGAAACAUUACUUUUCUGUAUUGUAACUUUUUUCUAUUUCAAAGAAUGAUUUGAUAAUGUUUACUA